GUAGGUGGAGUUUAAUAUGAUGUUUAGUCUUUUAACAUACUAUUUAGUAUGGUAGUGUAAGUGGCCUAGUAUUAAUGCACUAAAAAAAAAGCUUUUUAAUACAGUCGCUUUGGUACUGUACUGUUUUUACAUACUUUUUAGUAUGGUAGUAUAAGUGGCCUAGUAUUAGUGUGUUUUUAUUUUGUUGUUUUGUUUUGUUGUACCAGCUUUGGUACUGUACUAUUUUUACAUACUGUUUAAUACAGUAUUAUGAGUGGCCUAUUGUUUUGACACCUUAGUACGGUAGUCUUGGUGGUAUUCUUUGUUCUUUAUACUUUUAUACUACACCUACAAUUAGUGUGCAGUUUUAAAAUACUUUUUAGUACACCAGCUUUGGGACUGUAGUGUUUUACAUACUUUUAGGUAUGGUAUUAUACGUGGACUACUAUUUUUCCAUGUUGUUUAGUAUGGUAGUAUAAGUGACAUGCUAUGUGUGUACUGUUUAUUACCGCUACCCUAGGACUGUACUGUUUCUACUUACUAUUUAGUAUGUUAGUAUGUGAGGCAUGCUUUCUUAACAUACUAUUUAGGACAGUUUUUUUUUUUUUUUUUUGCACUAUUUCGUAUGGUAGUAUCUGUGAUCGUGGCUUGACCGGGAUCUUAGGGGAUUUGGUCUUCAGACUGCAUCAUUAGUUUCACUGUUAUUUAAGCUGAAUGACUCAGUGUGACGAAGAGUGAGCAACACUAAAGCAGGACACUGACUGUGAAACACAGCGAGACACACAGCGAGUGUGAGAUGGAGGAAGCGUACACGGCUUUGUAUCAGGAGUUUCUCCGUCUGCAGUUACUGUGUCUAAAACAGGCUGAAAUGUUGCAACACCUCACCGAGGCACUGAGAAGACAACAAGGUGUGGCUCCUGUCUUUAAUGGGGAUUUUGAAGACUUGUAUUCUGAGCCUGUUCGGUACAGACGUGACGGAUUGGGGACGUUCACCCGCGCAGAGGACCAAGCGCAUGCAGCUCACACACACAAACAAGUGGCUCACACACACACCCCUGCUGCUCAAACACCCCCCCCUACUUUACCCCCCUCAGGUAUUACAGGAGAUUCUGCAGUUUCCCCACUUGCUGGAGCUUUGAACAGACUGCACCUGGAGCCUGUGCAGGAGAAGGUGGAGGUUGAUGGAGCGGCAGCAGCGUCAGGAUGGUGUGAGACGGAGGAGCGCAGUAUUCUGGAUGAGUUACGACAGGUUCAGCAGCGCUGGUACAGCAGCCAAACACCUAAACUACAACAACAACAACAACAACGGCGGCCGUGGUCAUCGUCGUUCCUUACCAGCGAGAUGCUGAGCGAGGCGGGCGGGAUGGUGAUGUCUCGCAUCACGCUGCACUCUCAGGUUUGCGAGUUCUGCCACGCUGUGUUUCCCGGACACACCACCACCAGGGGAGAUUUCCUCCGCCAUCUCACCACACACAUCUCCUGACACUUUACACUUGUCUAAGAUAGACGCUAGCAGGUUAUACAGUGCGUCGUAGGUGAGACUGUUACGUUUAAACACAGUUCAUGUUAAAGGUUUUUAUGCUGCAUGAGUCAUUGAAAUCAUUUUACUACAAGCAUUAUGUUUAUUAAGGCCUCUGUUACUUUUAAAAGAACAAAUGUGUCUAAUUAAUCAAAUGUAAAAUGCUAAAUACCAAAAAAGCUUAUCUAUUUAGCUUAAACAGUUUUUGCCAAUUUGAGUUGUAUGAUAUUAAAUCAUAAUUUAUGUGUAGAUUUACUUUAUCACAUGGAGAAAUAAUAUUAUCUUAUACUUAUACUGAACAAAUUUACUAAGCGUAGUACAAUUUCUUUCUGCAUUAAACCAACACUGAGACUACUGUA